UCUGUAUAGAACACGUAUGACACUUAUCUAAUAGAUGAUUCUGCCAGAACCACAUAAUAAUGAAAUAAAAACUUUUCGAUCGAGUUUACGAAGUGUGAUGUUAUUCUUAUUUAUUCAUGUGCAUUAUGAAAAAUAAUGAAAUCAAUACAUUUAAUCUUUCAUUAAAGACAAAGUAAAAUAUAUUUACAAUAUAUAUGGUAUAUAUACAUAUUGCAGCAUAAUUGCUGUAAAUCAAUCUGCGCUCUCUUGCGGAUUACUUCUACGGCAAUUUCGAUGGAUCGUUACAAGUAAAAAGUCUAGUUAUUUAACAUAAAAUAUGACACAUGAUUUUCGUAGUGCAAAAUUUUGCGUGUGCAGAUGACAAACAAUUUUAUUUCAACAUCUAAGUUGCAAUGACUAGCGAAGAUCUGUUGCAGCCAGGUCAUGUUGUUAAAGAACGCUGGAAAGUGAUGAGGAAAAUUGGUGGUGGAGGUUUCGGAGAAAUAUAUGAAGGUCUAGACCUUAUAACAAAAGAACAAGUUGCUUUGAAGGUUGAAUCUGCACGUCAACCUAAACAAGUUUUGAAAAUGGAAGUGGCUGUUUUAAAGAAACUCCAAGGUAAAGAACACGUUUGUAGAUUUAUAGGUUGUGGGCGCAACGAUAGAUUCAAUUACGUUGUUAUGCAAUUACAAGGAAAAAACUUGGCUGAAUUACGUCGUGCGCAACCUAGAGGAGCCUUUUCAUUGUCAACAACUCUUCGUCUGGGACUUCAAAUCUUAAAAGCAAUUGAAAGCAUUCAUCAUGUUGGUUUUCUUCAUCGAGAUAUAAAACCGUCAAACUUUUCUAUUGGACGCCAUCCUCAUCAGAUGCGAAUUGUCUUUAUGCUAGACUUUGGUCUUGCAAGACAAUAUACAACUGGAACAGGAGAAGUAAGACCUCCUAGAGCUGCAGCAGGUUUUCGAGGAACCGUUCGUUAUGCAUCUAUUAAUGCUCAUAAAAACAAAGAAAUGGGUCGACAUGAUGAUUUAUGGUCACUUUUUUACAUGCUUGUUGAAUUCGUCAAUGGACAAUUGCCUUGGAGAAAAAUAAAAGAUAAAGAACAGGUCGGAUUAAUGAAAGAAAAUUAUGACCAUAAAUUGUUAUUGAAACAUUUACCAUCUGAUCUACGGGUAUUUUUGGAGCAUAUUCAGAAUCUAGAAUAUGCUGAUCAGCCGGAUUAUUCAAUGUUAUGCAGUUUAUUUGAAAGAUGUAUGCAUCGAAGAGGUAUACAGUUGAAUGACCCUUAUGACUGGGAAAAAGCAAUUACUUCUAAUGAAGGAAUACCUGCAACAAAAUCUUUACCUACAGUAACAGUACCACCAGUUGUUACCACUGCAACGACCAUUAAUCAACCUACAACAAUUACAAAUAUGGACGCUAAUAAUCAAGAAAUAACAAUUCCUGAUAACAAAAACGAUAUAGAGAUAAAAGGUGAAUUAGAAGUUGUGGGCAAAAAUGGAACUAAUAAACAAAAUGAAAGCUCGCUAGCACCUAUAUCAACUGCCACAAACUUUCAGACCAAAGAUAGUAAUUGUAAUACUACAAUACCAUGUGUUGACACUAAUAAGCAACAAGAUUCAUUACUGCCAAAUGACGUCAUGAAAAAUCAAGUUUUAGGUUCUCAGAAAAAACGCCAAACAGCAUCGAUGUCAAUAGAAACUAAAUUUCAUGGCUCGCCGAUCGAUAAACAAGUAGAAAUGGAGGAAUUUUUAGUUACAAGUAAUAGAAUGCCGUCGGAAAAGUUGGGCUUGAAAGAAGGCGUUAACUCGACAUCUGUUAUUCGAAAAUCAUCCAGUGGAAUGAGUUUUACAAAAUGCAGAAUUUCCACCAUGUCAGAACCUGUGCUCGAAGACUCUGUGAGUUCGAAAAUUCCACAAGAAACGGAUGCUUCUAACUAUUCAAUUUUACAAAUAAACCAAAAAAAAUUACCUCUUUUUGAAACUGCAAAUGAUCUUAGGGAUAAUAUUCGACGAGAAGUUAAAAGAAAAAUUGAUAAUCGACAAUACACUCGAAGUGGAAAAGCAAUUGCACGAGAUUUUUCGUUUACGCAAUUUGCUCAAAUAGAUGACGAUAAUUUAUCAGCUAUUCAACAAAUUACUAAAGGUGGCGGCGUUACAUUAGGAUCUCAAUGGAAGUCACAAUUUGAUGAUUCUGAGGGAACUGAUAAUGAAUGGAAACCUGAAAAUUUACCAAGUCCAGAACAUAAAAGUACCAAUGAAUUUAAUCCAACUGAGUUACUGUUUGAGUGGCGUGAAUCAAACAAACAAGAUCAAUUUCCGAAAAGCACAUCAAAAAAAUUAAUGGAGGCAAAAUUAAAUCAUUAUGAAUUAAUUUUGCUUCAAAAGUCAUUAGCAAAACUUAAUCUAAGUAAAUUGAAAAAAAGUAGAAACCCACAACAACUGUCAAAAUCAUGGAGUUGUUCAGCAUUUGAAACUCUGACAGGUGAAGAUACUGAAAAGGUAUCUAUUCAAAAUGACGUUUCAAGUAUAGAAAGAUUAAAGCAUGCUCCCUCUACACUGUUAAACUUUUUCUCAUUGCAAUCGGGUUCAGACCAAAUACCAAGUGUAAAAAGUCUUAGCUUACCUAGUGUUCUACUAUUAGAUAAUAAAUACUAUAGUCAUGUUAGUGAUGAGGAAGGUGCUAUUACUGGUAAACUUGAUAUAAGAUUAUUCAAUGACACGUGUGAAUCGUCAACUGAUAAAAAAAAUGUUUCUAAAUGUCAAGGACAAGGUUCAACUUUUUCUUCAGCAAUUGCUAGUAAAAAAGAGGAUUUUAUCGACUUUACUCCAGCACUUAGACGUCAUCGUCAGCUUAAAAAACAUGGUGACAUCAAAAACACUUUUACAAACAUAAAAUCAAAUCAGAUUCCAUCACCGUCGGUUUUUCCAAUGGUAGAUCGCGGGGUUCCAACGUUAUUACUUGGUGAAUUAACCAAUAAAGAACAUGGAAAAAAUGAAGAAGAUUCAUCUGAUAGUGACGUACAACAAUUUCCUCCUCCUCCGCCUAAUUUUUCUACAUUAAUAACGACUGAGAAUAAUGCCAGGUGCCGCAGAUUUAAACCAAGUUGAAAUGGAUUAUAAAAAAUUGAAAUUUAAAACAACAUGUUGUAAACGCUAUCACGAAUGAGUUUUUUGUGAUUCAGCUACGUGUGUAGGCUUUGUGCCAUUUGGGAUAAUCUAAAUGUGAUGUCUAGUAAUUGUGGAUAGAUUUGAUUUAGUGGAUAAAAUCUCAUAAAAA